AUCACUAUUGCGCAUGUGUGAUAACUUUAUUCAAAUUUUCCAACGAAAUUUUCUUUUGACUGAAAUUGAACCGAUUCAUAUUGGAUUCUCUCUACCCUGGGCAUAAUUUUUUCCACAGUGUGAGCGAUACUGUUUAUAUUUUAUCCUGUUGAUGCACUAAGACAGUCAGAAGACCUGGAAAAUGUCUUUCGCCAGCCUAAAAGUCGGACUGAGCGUCGACAUUCAGCGGACCGACGGCCGUGUUCACUCAGCAGUGAUCAGUGGUGCCAAUGAAGCUGCACAAAGUGUCACUGUGGAGUGGUUUGAAAAAGGAGAAACAAAGGGCAAAGAGAUUGAGGUUGAUCAAAUCUUUGCCUUGAACCCUGAGUUGGUUGCACCACCACCCCCUGUGAGGGCUAGUAAGAAGACUGGUAGAGGGGAUGUUGACCUUGCACGUACUGAGGAAAACAAACCAAUCAAGGCACCAAGACAUGAACCAUCAAAAAGUAUGUCUCAUGAAUUAGAAAAUAUCAAUCUA